CGGAAGUGAGGUUAGAAAGAAGUCGUGAUUUGGACCUAUGCUCGACUUGUUCGUCUAAGCUGCUGAACUCUCCAAGGACAUCAAUUUUAACAGAAAUAUGUGGAUGGUUGUACUUACUUUUAUAAUUAGUUGUCCGGAUUUAAGCACUCUAUGGCCGAAAUCACUAAAUCAACACAGCCAUGUUUAUUUUAAAAAGUGCCAGUUCUAUGUUGGACCCAAUUGAUUUGAAAAAGGAUCUUCCCUCUCCUGUACCAAGGUUCGGCAAGCAGAUCGAGCGAAAUUAUCUGUCAAAUGAAAGUGAAGCAUCACUGACUGAACCAAUUUCUUUCAACUUUGAAGACUUUGGCACUGAUGAACGAAACCACAAGAACAACAUACUUGACACAGCAGUCCAUUCCAACUCAGCCAUGGACUGUCAACAGGAGAACAGAUCAAGACUGAAAGCAAAAUAUCAAUGCUUUCACAAUGGCCUGGCCAGUCAUACACAUUCCAUAUUACUGAACGACAUGUACACAGAGCUUUACAUCACUGAGGGGGAAAGCGAGAAUAUCAACAAAGAGCAUGAGGUGAGACAGAUCGAGACUUUAUUGAAGAGACAAACCACAGUCGACAUCCCAGUAAAAUGCAAUGAUAUUUUUAAACACUCACCUGAUAAAAACAAACCCAUCAAAUGUGUGCUAACAAAGGGAGUUGCUGGCAUUGGGAAAACGGUCUCAGUGCAGAAAUUCAUACUGGACUGGGCUGAGGGAAAAACUAAUCAAUACAUUGAGUCUAUUCACCCACUUCCAUUUCGAGAGUUGAACCUGAUGAAAGGGAAACGGGUUAGCUUGUUUGAACUUCUGCAGCACUUUAAAAUGGAAGUAGUCUCUAAAGAUGUCCAUCAUAACGUUCUCUUUAUCUUUGAUGGUCUGGAUGAAUGCCGCUUCCCUCUGGAUUUCCAGAAUAAUGAAAAACUGUGCAACCCGACCGUGCCGGCCUCUAUUGAUGUUCUUCUGACAAAUCUCAUCAAUAAGACCCUGCUUCCUGGUGCUCUCCUCUGGAUAACAUCUCGACCGGCAGCAGCCAAUCUGAUCCCUCUUGAAUAUAUUGACCUGGUGACUGAAGUUCGAGGGUUUAAUGACCCUCAGAAGGAGGAGUACCUCAACAAGAGAAUUAAUGAUAAACGCCUCUCUGGCCAAAUCAUCACACAUUUGAAGUCAUCAAGAAGUCUGUACAUAAUGUGCCACAUACCAGUUUUCUGUUGGCUCUCAGUUACCGUGCUGGAGAGAAUGUUCAAUGAAGCAGAGGAUGGAGAAAUCCCCAAGACGCUCACACAAAUGUACACACACUUCCUUAUCAACCAAACCAGAGCUAAAAACAUGAGAUACUCUAAAGAUUACAAGCCAGGUCUAAUGGAUGAAGAUAUGAUUUUGAAGCUAGGUAAACUCGCCUUCCAACAGCUGAAAAAGGGCAAUCUGAUAUUCUACGAGGAUGAUCUAAUGGCUUGUGACAUUGAUGUUCAGGAAGCUGUAGUGUACUCUGGAGUGUGUUCACAAAUAUUUAGAGAGGAGUCUGCACUAACCCAGAACAAAGUCUAUUGCUUUGUCCAUCUGAGCAUUCAGGAGUUUUUGGCAGCCAUGUAUGUAUACUUCAUGUUUAAGAUCAACCACUGCAACGUUCUUGAUCAGGAACAACUUGACACAACAGACAUUAAUGAGACCACCUUGUUUGAAUUGCACAAGAGUGCCAUUGACAAGGCCCUACAGAGCGAGAAUGGACACCUGGACCUUUUCCUCCGUUUCCUUCUGGGUGUUUCGUUGGAAUCCAAUCAGAGCCUUCUACAAGGCUUACUAUCUCAAGCUGGUAGCAGAGCCUCUCAGAGCAUAGAGGAAACAGUUGAAUAUAUCAAGAAGAUGAUCGAGGAGACCGCCUUGCCGGAAAAGUCAAUCAAUCUUUUCUACUGUCUCAAUGAACUGAAUGAACUAUCUUUGGUUAAAGAGGUCCAACGCUUCCUGAAUUCAGGACAUUUUUCUAAACUCUCCCCUGCCCAGUGGUCUGCCCUAGUCUUUGUGUUAUUGACAUCAGAGGAGAAGCUGGAUGUGUUUGACCUAAAGAAGUAUGUUAGAUCAGAUGAAGGCCUUACCAGAUUGCUGCCAGUGGUGAAAGCUUCAGAGUCUGUUCUAUUGGAUAAUUGUGGACUCUCUAUGAGAUGUUGUAGGGCUCUUGCCUCCACAGUCAGUUACAACUCUUCAAAUGUACGAGUGCUAGAUCUGUGCAGUAACUCCAUUGGGGACAAAGGAGUGGAGCUACUGUCAGCUGGAAUGAAAAAUAAACAGUGUAAAUUAGAGGAACUGAGGCUCUCAUACUGCAGAAUCACAAUGCAGGGCUGCUCUGUUCUGGAAUCAGAGCUUCUUCCAAACCUUCCAAACCUCAGGGUAUUGGACCUAAGUGAAAACAGUCUGAGAGAAUCAGGAAUUAGGAUCUUGGCCAAUUACCUGAGGAAUCUGCACUGUACGCUUGAAAUAUUGAGACUCAAGGACUGCAGAGUCACACCUGCAGGCAGCUUUGCAAUUGCCUCAGCUCUGCAGUCCAACCCAUCUCACUUGAGAGAGCUUGACCUGCACUGGAAUAAUCCAGGUGAUAAUGGUGUGGAGAAGCUUUCAGCUGUGUUAGAGCAUCCACUCUCCAAGCUUGAAACCCUUUGGAUGAGUUAUGGUUUGCUCACUGAUAAAUCCUGUGAGGCUUUGGCUUCAGCCCUGAGGUCCAGCUUCUCUACUCUGAAGGCUCUAGACCUGAGCGGUAAUGCAAUACAUGACAAAGGCAUAAAAAUGCUCUCAAAUGGGCUUGGAAGCCAACAUUGCAAACUAGCGAUUUUGAGGUUGGCAUUAUGUGAGAUCACAGAGGUAGGUGUGGCUGAUUUGGCCUCUGCUCUUGUUUCAAAUCCUGAUCCACUGAGAGAGUUGGACCUGAGACAGAACCACAUAAAAGACGCUGGUGUAACAAGACUCUCUGAAGUGGUGGAGAAUUCCAGCUGUAGGCUAGAGACCCUACGAUUAGGGGACAGUGGCAUCACAAAGAAAGGCUGUGCUGUCCUUGCAGCUGCUUUUAACUCAAACCCCUCUAAUCUGAAAGAGCUCGACCUGAGUAAAAAUGACCUUGCAGACACAGGGGUGAAGCUUCUCUCUCCAGUGCUGAGGAACCAUAGCAGCAAGAUCAUGAAAUUGGAUUUGAGUCAGUGUGCCUUAACUAUGGACUGUUGUGAUUCACUGGCUUCAAUCCUUGGAGAAAAAUCCUCAAGUCUUAGAGAACUGGACCUGGGGGUAAAUAACCUGCAAGAUCUAGGAGUGAAAAUACUUUGUGCUGGAUUGGUAAAUCCACACUGUCAGUUGGAAACUUUGAGACUGUCUAAUUGUGGUGUCACAGGGGAAGGAUGCACAAUCUUAGCCUCAGCACUGAUGUCUAAUCACUCACUUUUAAGAGAGAUGGACCUAAGUGAAAACAAUCUGACAGACUCAGCCGUGAGACCACUAUCUGUCCUACUGGACAAUCCACAUUGUAAUCUAGAGAAAAUUAAUUUGUAUUGAAUGACAGAUCUGUGGAUACCGUGGCACAAUAUUCAAUAUUCAUGAUGUCCAUCUACAUUUGAUAGUGUAGCAGAUUGGUGACAUACCCAAGCACUCAAUGUCAGGGACUGCUUUUUGUCUUGAUGGUCAUUUAAAUGACAUAUUUGGAUUUAUGAUUUUUAAAGACAAUGUUAUUUGAAGUUAUAAUUUUUUGUAAUAAUUUAUUGUCAUUACUUUUCCUAUAUUUAUUAGAUACCUAUAUUUUCAUAUAUUUAUUAUGCAUGUAUAUUCUGGCAUGACAUAUUCAUAGUCAUAUAAAUUCAUGCUUGCAGUUUGAAAUUUAAAAGCUUUAACUUUUAGACUGUACUGUUAAUUUAAUAGUUGGAUUGCUUCAUGGAAAUUAAAUACACUACCAGUUAAGAUUUGGACUUAAUAUGGAUUUAAAAACAUUCCAGGAUAUCUAAUGCCAUUGGUUGAAUACCUAGAGUUUAGAGAUAUAUCUAGACAAAGGUUGGGUACUUUGAAGAACCCAAAACAUAAAACAAUUUUGAUUGAAUGUUUUUGGUCUCUAUAGAAUUCUCAUACUUCCAUUUGUGUUAUUUCAUAGUUUUAACUACUUAUUAAAAUAGUUAUAAAAUAAUAGAUGAGUCUACAUGCACUGAUUUUGAGAGCUAAUCCGUGACAUUAGUGGCAAUUUCAGAAACUGCGAGGAGAAAAAGUGAUACAUUUGCUUCACUCCCAAACACCCUUAGUGUUAGUAUUGAUUAAACAAAACGAUACCUCAACAUGUUUCCAUAUGUUUUUCAACCUACCUUUUGAAUGAACAAAUUUAAUGUAUGUUACAUAAAUACUUGCUGUAAAAUUUAGAGUUGCAUGAUGAUGCUGUCAUGUCUGCAGUUUAACUAAAAAAUAUGUCAUUAAGUUUCCCAUUUUUAUCCUGUAAAGCCUCUCAAGCUACAUACUGUUCAGUUGUAUCAAUAAAGCUUAUAUUAUGACUAAAUUAAAGACUGUACAUUGAUCA